UGAGUUGCCAUAUACCGAUGUAACUUUCAAAAUGGCUGCGCACACCUGUCAGAAUUUCGUAGAACAGUUACAGUAGGCUACGCACUUUUUAGACAUGACACAAAACUUAGUACAGUAUAUAGUGGUCCGAAAGGAUCUUUUGAGAUCUGGGUGGCCGACUGGUGCACUCAUUACCCAGGCUUGUCAUGCUUGCGUUGCUGCAAUACACCAAUUCUAUGACAAUGAAAACACAAAGAAAUAUCUCGGUGAUGUAGACCGAAUGCAUAAAGUAACAUUAGAGGCAACAGAUGAAGAGAGCAUUGUGAAACUUUCAGAAACAUUGACCAGUAAAGGGAUUGAUCAUAAAUUGUGGAUAGAACAACCAGAAAACAUACCAACAUGUAUAGCAACUAGACCCUACGUGAAGGAAAACAUCCAAGAACAUUUUAAAAAGUUCAAGUUGUUUAAAUCAUGAACAUAAUAUAAUAGUAUCUUUGAUUUCAAUGAAAUAAAAUUAGUAGAUACCUGUA